AUGAUUGCCUCGUUUGGCGCGUACUUAGAAACAGUACUGCAGCGUGUUUUGCAUCAUGCAUCGGAAGAUCCCAUCUUCCAAUGCGAGAUCGAGGAUCUCAGUAAACUCGCCAAUCAUGCCGAAGCCGAAGAGCUGUUAGAGCUUGCGAACCAGAAGCUCCACGUCUUCCCCUUCAAAGAGGUAAAAGCCUGUUGGUUCCGCCUGUAUACUGACGCGUCCAUCGUGAAAGCCAUUCGCCUCAUCCAGUCCAACAUAGAAUUGGGUCAUCACUGUUUACCAAGUGCAAAAUGGAUCGAUGAGGUAGUCACUGCCCUCGACAUGGCCUUGAUCAUGGCCGGUGGACUUGGCCGGGACGAUGUCAUUCAUGAGCUUAUGAGUCGUUUACAGGAUCACGUGGCGGCGCUUAAAGGGCCACGGGCAAAGCGGAGGAAAACCAACGACGGCCCUGGACCGCUCGAGCUCCAAUCUCAGUUGCCAGAUGAGGGAGUGUCUGUUCCGAGGCUUGCCCGCCCGCUACGGGCUCUCAGGGAGCCAUCUGUUGAGAGCUUCCAACGUUGGAUGAAUGAGGCACGAGAACCAGUUGUCCUGGAGGGCAUUCUCCACCAUUGGCCCGCCCUUGAAGACUGGAAGAAGUCGUCUUACUGGCUUGAACAAACCUUCGCUGGGCGUCGACUUGUGCCGAUCGAGACAGGCAGAAGCUAUGUUGAUGAAGGCUGGGGUCAGAAAAUUGUGCAAUUUCGAGUCUUUCUUGAAGACUACAUACUCGCACCGGACGAGACUAGAUCUGAAGUUGGCUACCUGGCUCAGCACGAUCUCUUUCGGCAGAUACCGUCACUAUAUGCCGCAAUCAGUACACCAGAUUACUGCUAUUUUGAUGCACCUCCGCCAGAACAGGGCACUCCACUCUUCUCCAAGAAGCCGACUACAGCGUGCUCGAUCAGUCAUCCUACCUUUCUACCUGGAAUCGAACAAGAAGACGAUACGGAAAUCCAUACCAAUAUCUGGUUUGGACCAGCGUGGACUAUCUCGCCUCUGCAUCAUGACCCAUACCACAACAUCCUAUGUCAGGUUGUUGGGAAGAAGUACAUUCGACUGUAUUCUCCACAUGUUAGCGCCCAUCUGCAGGCCAUGUCUAAAGCCGAUCCUGCACCGCAUGUGAACGAACCCAACCCCGACCGUGACCUUGAAGGCGAAGCAACCAUUGAUAUGUCGAACACUUCCACAAUCGAUGUCGCUGCCAUGGAGAUUUCUCCAGAUGAGGACUGGGACGAGGUCUAUCCCGGUAUAAGCAAAGUGCCAUAUCUCGACUGCGUUCUCUCCGCCGGUCAGGCCCUCUACAUACCCAUCGGAUGGUGGCAUUACGUGCGGAGUUGCUCUACUGGCAUCAGCGUCAGCUAUUGGUGGUGA